CCGAAACACUAGGAUUCCAGUUUCAGGGCUUUUCUCUCUGUACUGGAUUUGAAAGGAAGUAGAAGAAAGCCCAUCAAAGGAGAUGGAUUACAUGGACAUUGAUCACAUCACCGAUGUUCCUGACACCCCUGAUAGGUUGGCUGGUGAGAAUAUUAGUGGUGGAGGUUGUAUACAAAAGGAGACUAAUCUGCCCGUGGCUGAUCAUUCAGAAGAUAUGGAUAUCUCUGAUGAAGGGGAUAGAGGCCAGCUAAGGGGAGAUAAUAAACUAGUAAUGGAUAAUGGAAGCACAAGACUGUCCUCCUGUCCUUCAAAACAUCCCUAUAUUUUUGACAACUCCAAAUACCACAUUAGUUCCACAGUUUCUGCAGUGGGGAAUCCAUCUUCAUCCAAGAAUGGUUUUUUACUUAGAAGAAGCAUGGCAGACAAGACCGCCAAUCAUGAGAGUGCAGAAUCUAUUCACUGGCAACAAAAAGAGAGAGGAAAAGCUUUGCUUAUUUCCCAGUCAUCUGCUUACCAGCACAAAGCUGUUGUAGAUUUGACAGAAAAGAAGGGGCAUGCCCAAGAAUUUGAAGAGGCUUUUCGAAGUGGGGCUGUAGGAAAUAGUCAAGCUGAAGAAUUGACAGCAACCGCAUGGGCCAAGGGUUUUUCUUCCUUACAAAGCAUGGAAAAUGGUUCAGCAACAUCCACCAAUGGCUAUAAAGGAAAAGAAAAGGUAGAUGUGUGUAAAGUUGGUUCAAGUUUUGGCCGUGGAAAAGGGAUUGACAUUGUUGAUGCUUCUCAACCUAGAGCAGGAAAGCGCUCAUCUGCAUUGGUUCAUUCUAUUACCUUUCCUAGAGUCAUAAGACAAAAAAAAUUGGUGCGAAAUGGAUGUAUAUCUCCACAUAAUAUAGCGAAGGCAAAACAUGUAGCUGCGAAGCAUGGUAAUGUUAAUGUUGGACAGAAAACUACCGGGUGUAUGGAAUCUAAUUGUCCACCAAAUCUGAUAAAUUUAAGGGAUUUGAUCACCGAAGACAAUAAUUCUCAAGGAGACACCGGAAAAGGGGUCACAAAUCAUCCUUUUUUGCUAAAAGAUCCUGAAGUGAAAACCAUGCAUUUGUCUAGCAGGAGUUCAACAAAUUUUAAUGAGAAGGCCAAUGUAACCAGCAAUGCCAGUGGAGAUACAGUUAGGUGCUUUGAAGGAUUAAGUGGAAUAAAUAAUACUGACAACCGAUUGAAAAACUUAAGAUUUUCCUCGUCUGAUGAGGACCAACAUAUUUUCAGGGGAAAGGGUGAACCGUGUGUUGUCCUUCAACAAGACGAGAACGGGGUGGUGAGAAGGGACAUUGGUAAUGGGAGUAGUGCUAGAACUGAUAACGAGUAUCCUAAGAAUCUGGAUUUGAUCUCUUGUCAGCAUGGCAUUGCUCCAGUUGUAUCUCAAAGGUUGUCAUAUGUUAGGCCUCAGUUGCUUCAAUCUGAUGAGGCUUCUCUUUCAGAAAACACAACUGUCAGAAGAGAGAGGCCGGGAUCCAUUUCCAGGAAUCAUGGUGAAUGUUCUACAUCUGCAUUUGAUGACUCUGAAAUUGUGUUUCUGGGCUCAAGUGGGGAAUCACUGAAUCCAAGAUCGGUUAGAAACCAGAGUUGUCAUGAUUUAGGCAUUUUGGAUCCAGUUAUUAACCUUGAUGAGUUUUCCCCUGAAGUGAGACAUGGCAGCUCCCAUACUAUGGGUUGCAGUAGUUAUAAUGACUCAGGUGCCAGGGCCAGACAGGUAGAAGCUGAUGAAUUGUUGGCUCGUGAGCUCCAAGAGCAAUUAUAUAAUGAGGUGCCUGGAGUUGCCGUUGGAGAGAUUGAUGCACAUAUAGCAUUGGCGUUACAGCAGGUAGAAGACACUCAGCAUGCUUUUUCUAGUGGAAGUCACCAGAUAUUCCAUCCUGUGAGUGGGUCUUGUUAUAUGUAG